CGCCACCAGCCGCCACCACCAUGUCCUUCUUGACCCGUUUAUUCCGGAAGUUACGAAAUCCUAGAGGCUUUGUGGGUAGAGAUCUAGAAGGAAACCAGUUCUUUGAGAUCCCUGGAAUCUAUGAUGAUCCACGACGAACGAAACGCGUCGUGAAAUAUGGCCAUGGACGAGACAUGUGGGCAUAUAUUGGUGGAAAGAAGAGGCUAGCGGUCCAGUGGACAGCUUGGCUCACCCAUACGCGACACCACCCUCCGACGGAGGAGGAACUUCUUGCUGACCUGGAUCGACAACGCCGAGUGCUCUUCAACGCCGCAAUAAUCGCAGCACGCGAUCAGGAAGAGGCAGCGAGGAUUACGGCGUCCCAGCAGGCGACUGUUUCCCAUUUCCAGGCAGCACCACUGAGACAAGACGCCGAACUUCCGAAGGGCGAAGCUCCUAAGGAUGAAACACCUGCGGCGGCGUCGGCAGCAGCUCCGCUCCAGCCACCUGAAGCCACCAGCGUCGAACAGAAAGCGGAACGGCAAGAGCCACCUGCGGAACAGUUUUCGCCAUGGAAAAAGCCUCUCUCGGAUGAACCUCACACCUGGCAGCCUCGCGCUUCUGUGCGGCGGGGAGGCUGAGCAAGCCGCCAGCCACCCUCAUUGUUGUUUCCACUUGCGUUCCAUUCCAGAUGUGUUUUCCGCCUCGUCGGCGGUGUUACCUG